AUGGUCGGCCCGCGUAAAGGCGCCUUCGCCGAGGAGGCCGCCGAAGUCGAAGUGCUCGAAGCAAACAUUGAGAAGAUGAAGACCUUGACAAAGAAAAUCCAAGCCUCGCGGAAUCGGUUGGAGACGAGCGGGAAGGCGAUGAACGAAGCCAUGGCACCGAUCUACGGUAACACGGCGAAGCUACAAACUACGAACCGCAAUAUCGACAGGAUACUGGAUGCAAUCGACAAGCUGCGAGCACCUCUAGACCAGUCAAAUCGGGAGGAUCGCAUUAUAAACCAGGGCCUCCGAAAUGUCGACCUGCAAGACUAUAUAGCCUCACUUGGCCGCACCAGUCAGUCUCUCGCAGAGCUCAGGCGAACGAACAUGCGCGCAAACCAACAAGCCGUUGCCGAAAUGAGCGCUCUUCUAAAGCGCGGAUUAAGAGAAUUGGAGGACGCAUUCAGAGACAUCCUGCGAGAAAGCUGCAGACAGACUGUCGUACCUCUGGAGUACGUCAUGAAGAAUAAUCCAUUUCCUACUAUACCUCAAGAACAGCUCUCAACAUUACGCCUUAUCAAUACCCAUAUCUCCAACACCUUCGCGCAGAUAUCACAAUCGGACGUGCGCGAAACACCCACCCAGAAGAUAUACGCAGAGGUCAGAGGCGAAUAUGUGACUAGGUCAUUACAGGACUUAUCCGCAGCGUCAAUCAACACGGCAAAGAAGGUGACGGCAGAUGCCAUUUACAGGAAAGGUACCAAUGGUAUCGGAAUCUACGCCCAGGGGAUGGAGGGCUUGUUCGUCGCCGAAUACGACAACAUCACCAACAUCUUUCCUCGCGAUGAGUGGACAACAGUCUGCGGAGCAACUUGUGCUGCGCCACUUGCAGAUUUCACCAAGACGUUGCGCGAGCUCAAUGGUCACAUCCAGAGGAACUUGAUGACGGAUUGCUUCUUGGGAUAUGAAAUCGUCGACAUCGCAUCCAGAUUAUCGAUGCGGUUAGAGCAGAGAAUGUCUGCACUCAGGCGGCCAAUCCAAGACAGCAUCAAGCCUAUACGUGAGACUUCGAAGGCGUCAAUGAACAAACUACUAGAGGAUACAAGGGCACGGAUCCAAACACUUGUUGCUCUUCCAAUGGACGGUGCAGCCGUGCCUGUAACGACAUCGACCAUGACUCGGCUGCAGGAGAUGACCAACUAUCUCAGCCCCAUUAGCUCUAUACUUGCAUCGCUGGGCGACGGAGGGUGGAAAUCGAGUGCGAACACAGGAUCGUCAUCGUCGCUUCCAUUGGACGUGGGACCAGACGGUCAGCGUCUUUUUGAGCAUUACGCAUCCGAUACGAUCGAAACUCUGUUACAGAACCUAGACGGCAAGUCCCGAGUUUUGAUGAAGAACAAGAGCUUGCAAGGAGUGUUCCUGAGCAACAACGCAGCGAUCGUGGAGCGCAUGAUACGGUCGUCAGAACUGGCACCCUUGAUGGAAGAUUACAUGCAGAAGAAGCUGGAGCCUUGGAAGAAGAAGGCGUCGUCAUGGUACCUGGAAGCUUGGCGAGAACCCUCGGGUUAUCUGCUCGAUGUCCAAUACACUAACCGGAAAGAACGACCUCAGUCGAGCACCGCAGGGUCUGCCGACUCGGUGGCCAUCGUCAAGGCUCUUGGUUCGAAAGACAAGGACGCGAUCAAAGAAAAGUUCAAGAGCUUCAACACAAGCUUCGAGGAGCUAUCUCAACGACACAAGUCGUACAAGAUGGAGCGCGAGGUGCGGAUGCAUCUGGGCAAGGAGGUGCAGAACAUCAUGGAGCCUUUAUACAGCCGCUUCUGGGACAGAUACCACGAGAUCGACAAGGGCAAGGGCAAGUAUGUCAAGUACAGCAAGGUCGAGCUGGGACAGGCUCUGUCUGGACUGUCGUGA